UCUAGUUUCACAGUCUUUUUUUUUUGCAAUGGCAUUUCUACCGGUUUCUUGGCGAUUUGUUUACAUUUCUAAGUGGUCUAAAAGCAUUAAUUUGAUUCAUUCUGGAUGUAGUCGAUGGAUAAACACAGGGAGAAAGCUUGUCUUUGAUAACAAUCAAGUAGAACUGGAUCUUAAAUAUUACACCGAUUUUAAGAAGAUAAUUAAAUUAAAGAAAUUGGAACUUAAAGAUGGUCACACGUGCUUUCGAGUUCCCUGCAAACUAUGUGUACAUAAUUCCUUGGGAGAUAAAUGGGCUUUUGUAAAUAAAACUACAGGAAAUUUUGUAUGUCCAAACUGCGAUGUAAAAGUGCCUUUGCUUCAAGCAAAGAACUCUUAUGAGAGAGAAAAACCAUUUAUCGACUGUAAUGUGGCUAUAAAUAAUUUAUAUAAAACAACAUGCAAUGUAAUUACGCAAGUUCCGACAAGCGUGUGUGAUGGCUUGCAAAUCAAGGGGUUGAAGACAGUAGAUUUUGAAAUUCUGGAAGCUGGAUAUGAUCCCAUUAUCCAAGCUUUACAAUUUCCACUAAAAAAUGUUUCGCGUCGGGUCGUUGGUGAAAAAAUAUUCUAUUUGGAAAAUGGCAUUGAAGAAACUCACCAGAAUCAAAAUAUUUCUGGAAUAUUGAUAUACGAACAAGGGUCAAAUCAGAGAGCUGUUGUUGUAACAAACUUGUUGGAUUUUUUGGUGCUAAUAGCUCAUCGAAUAGAUACACAUAGUAUUGUUUGUCUUCCAUAUGGCCUUAAAACAUUACCCCAAGAAUGUUUACCAGCAUUGGAAAAAUUUAAAGAACUAAUUCUUUGGUUUAAAUGUGACUCUCUUGAUUGGGAUGCAGCCAAAACAUUUUCAAAAAAGCUUGACGAAAAACGCUGUUUUUUGAUAAGACCCACGGACACAGAACCAAACCCUUUUGAAGCGCAACGAAAACGCUUAAGUAUUCGUCACAUUUUACAAAAAGCCACGCCAGUAAAACACAAAUCCAUUACAACAUUUAACAGUUUGCGCAGUGACAUACUUAGUGAAUUGCAAAAUAUUGAAAAAGUAAAUGGAGUAAAAUGGACACGAUUUCCAAGUUUAAAUAAAAUUCUCAAAGGUCACAGAAAGGGAGAGCUUACAAUUAUAACAGGUCCGACAGGGAGUGGCAAAACAACAUUUAUGAGUGAAUAUUCACUGGAUUUAGCAUUGCAAGGUGUAGCGACAUUAUGGGGUUCAUUUGAAAUAAGAAACGCUCGCCUUGCUUCCACUUUAUUAAGACAAUUUGUGGGAUAUUCUCUUGAAAAGAAACUGCAUGAGUUUGAUCAUUGGGCUACAGAAUUUGAAAAAUACCCUAUGUACUUUAUGACAUUUCAUGGUCAGCAACCACUAAAAAUGGUAUUGGAAGCCAUAGAGCACGCUCAUUAUGUUCACGACAUCAGUCAUGUUAUCAUCGACAACUUGCAAUUUAUGAUGGGGAUUUCAAGCACAUAUCGUAAUGACAAAUUUUGGGAGCAAGAUAAUAUUAUUGCUUCCUUUCGUUCACUUGCAACCAAACACAAUCUUCAUGUAACAUUAGUAAUGCAUCCACGGAAGGAACGGGAGGAAGAUGAUUUGACAACAAGUUCUAUUUUUGGUUCUGCCAAAGCCAGUCAAGAAGCUGACAAUAUUUUAAUCAUACAAGAUAAACGCUUAACAUCUGUAAAAGGUAAGAAAUAUUUACAAAUCGUAAAAAAUCGUUACAGUGGAGAUUUGGGCAUCAUGCCAUUGGAAUUCAACAAAGAUGCCUUAAGCUACGCAUUUUCUGGACAAAAGAAGAGAAAGGAAAAGGGGCAAGCGCGAGACACAAACGAAGAUGCCGAAGAAAAUUCUUGAAAUAUUUAUAUAAAUAGUAAUGUUAAGUAGAUUAAAUAAAAAUGUAUUUUAUAUAAAUAGGUUUUACAAUAAUAAAAAAAAAUCAUGUUGAACUUUGCUUAUAA